UCAUCACUCUAUUUGAGGAAACGAUUGACACUAAAGUUUCUGAGGAUGAGAUAAUUCUCCUCCAAAAUAAACAACCAAACUAACACACUUCACUCACUCAAACCCUCUCAGAUUUCAAUCUAAUCUUGUCCUUUUUUUCAACUUUUAAGAUUACUAAAACACACACACACACAACAAUAGUUAUGGCUACCAGCAGCAUGGCAUCAGCAGCUUGUGGAUUUAUGUUGUCACUUAAUGUUGCUGCCACCACAACCUCAUCAUCAGCAACAUCUUCCAGGAGUGCCAUGUUGAUGUUCCCUAUAAAAUCCAACAAUAUUGGUUCUUCUUCUUCUAGACUUGUUGUCAGAGCAUCCGAGGAGCCUGCCGCCGGUGCACCCGCCACUGCUGCUGCUCCUCCGGCCGGUGAUGCCGCUCCUAAACCCAAACCACCACCAAUUGGCCCCAAGAGAGGUGCUAAGGUGAAGAUUCUUAGGAAGGAGUCCUACUGGUACAAAGGAACUGGUUCUGUUGUUGCUGUUGAUCAAGACCCCAAGACUCGCUACCCUGUUGUGGUUCGAUUCAACAAAGUCAACUAUGCAAACGUAUCGACAAAUAACUAUGCUUUGGAUGAGAUUGAAGAAGUUUAAUGAGACCAAUUUAAGUGUAAUUCCAACUCUUGUCAUGCUAUUGAAGUUACUAGCCUAAGGUUUUUUUUCAUGUCAUCAUAAAAAAUUUGUAUCAUAUUAUCUCUGUUAUCUAUGUACCUCUUGAUCUCUAGAAACUACAUUCAAUGUGCAGCUGCUCAUAAUUUUGAUGUUC